AUGGGAUUUUGCAGAAAGUCAAAUGCGAAGGAGGAGGGAAAAAAGGAGACAGUGUUCCUGAGAAAGAAGAUCACGCUGGUGCGGGCCAUCGCACUGACUAUCGGCACAGUCAUUGGCAGUGGCAUCUUUAUCGCUCCAAAAGGGGUGUUGCAAAACUCCGGCAAUGUGGGGCUCUCCUUGGUUGUCUGGCUGGCUUGCGGGGUCCUCUCUCUGUUUGGUGCUCUGUCUUAUGCAGACCUGGGAACAAGCAUCACAAAAUCUGGGGGCCAUUACAUCUACCUCCUAGAAACCCUUGGGCCUUUGCCAGCCUUCUUAAGAUUGUGGGCUGAAUUUGUUAUGAUCCGUCCUGCCAACUUUGCCGUGGUGUCCAUGGCUUUCGGUCGUUACUUAAUUGAGCCUCUCUUCGCCCCUUGCCAUGCCCCUGCCCUGGCUGUGAAGCUGGUCACCACCACUGGCAUCUCCUUAAUCAUUGCUCUGAACUGCUGGAGCGUCAGUUGGUCUGCAAAUAUACAGACCGUUCUCGCAGUCCUCAAGAUGGUCACCAUUGGCCUGAUUAUUGUCCCUGGGAUGAUGGCGCUAGCUGAAGGUCACUAUGAGAAUUUCCAGAAUGCUUUUGACACUAGCUUGCUGGCUCUGGACAAGCUGCCUCUGGCUUUUUACUCGGGAAUGUUUGCAUAUGGAGGAUGGUUCUAUGUCAACUUUGUAACUGAGGAAAUCAUAAACCCUGAAAGGAAUAUCCCGCUGAGCGUGAUCGUGUCCUUGCUCAUUGUUACUCUAGGGUACCUUCUCAUUAACGUCUCCUACUACGCAGUCCUGACAGCAGAGGAAGUGCUGGCCUCGGAGGCUGUGGUGAGUAUGAGCUUUGUAGAUCGAGCUUUUAAGAGCAUUUCCUCAGCAAUUCCAAUCCUAGUUGCUCUGUCCUGCUUUGGUUCUCUGAAUGGAGGAAUCUUUGCAGCUGCAAGGAUGUUGUUUGCAGCUUCCAGGGAAGGACAGUGGCCUCCACUCUUCUCCAUGAUCCAUAGGCAAAGAAACACCCCCUUCCCAGCCCUUUUAUUAAUGUUGCCUCUGAUCUUCUUGAUGGUGUUGAUUGGCGAUCUCUAUGGCCUAUUGAACUUCUAUAGCUUUUCACGCUGGCUCUUCAUAGGACUGGUGACCCUGGGGCUCAUGAUACAUCGUUAUCGGCAUCCUGAGAUACCGAGGCCCUUCAAGGUGCCUCUAUUCAUCCCAUUGGUUUUCACAAUAAUAUGUUUCUUCAUCGUGGGAAUGUCCCGUUAUUCGGACCCUGUGAACACAGGCAUUGGCUGUGCCAUAACUCUGACUGGUCUGCCUGUCUACUAUCUGGUGGUCCAGAAAUCAAGAAUACCAGCCAGCUGCAGUGCAAUGUUCAAUUCCAUGACGGUGAAGCUACAGGUCCUGAUGGAAGUCAUCCCAAAGGAAAUCCAGACCUACUGA